CUAUUCUUAUGUAUAAAAUGGAGAACAAUUCAGUACAUGGGAGUGGAGUAACUUAUAUGGAGGCCGGAAAAUAUGUAUACAUUGGAUGGCACCUUUAAGUGGUUGGGCCGACCCCGGAAUAUGUUGCAGGCGGUGGUGAGGACUCCAUCCGGAGCCGGAGCUAGUGCCAGAGUCAGGCCCGGCAGCGGCAGCAGCAGGAGCGACAGCGGCGGCCCGGAGAGGACAGAGUCGUGGGGAGCAGAGCAGUGAUCAGCCGCUGGUGAGGAGACAGCCGUCAGAUCAGGAAAUGGGGACUCAAGGACCAGGUAGGAAAAGGAUUGCCAACCGGGAACGACUGUCUGCAGAAGAUGAUGCCCUAAAUCUAAUUGCCAGAGAGGCUGAGGCCAGAUUGGCAGCGAAACGGGCUGCACGGGCUGAGGCAAGAGAGAUCCGAAUGAAAGAGCUAGAGAGACAGCAGAAGGAGAUCUACCAGGUUCAAAAGAAAUAUUAUGGGCUGGAUUCAAAAUUUGGAGACAUCGAGCAGUGGAUGGAAGACAGUGAGAAAUACUCUCCCAGGUUCAGAAGACACACUUCGGUAUCUGAUGAAGAUGACUGGACCUCAGUGGGGAGUCGUGGUAGUGCCCGGACUGGUUACGAGAGUAUUGGUGCCUGUGGAGGGGUUCCUGAGAAGAGUCAAAACAAGAAGAAGAAACUGAAGGCCGCAAAUGGCUUUGAUGAGCUGUCAUGUGGAUCUGGGCCUAGUAAACAGUCCAGUAGGGGAAGCUGCUACUCUGACCUCCCUCUGUAUAGCACUGGAUCCAGCUCCAAGUCCCAUACGGCAUCGCAGAAUGGAACUCGGGUGUCAGCCUACGAUGGGAGUUGCAGCCGCCGGUACAGUAGCUCCAGCUCUCACGCACUUUCAGAACAUAACUGCUUUCUUGGCUCUGGCUCCCGUACAUCAUCUCGUGCGAGCUCAGCUCGUGCCAGUCCAGUGGUGGAGGAAAGGCUGGAGAAGGAUUUUACAGAGAAGAGUUCCCGGGCAGCUUCAAGCCUCUCUGCUGCUACCCUUGCCUCCCUGGGAGGCACUUCAUCAAGACGAGGCAGUGGAGAGACCACCACUUCAAUGGACACUGAAGGAUCGAUUCGAGAGAUCAAGGAUUCAUUGGCUGAAGUAGAGGAGAGGUACAAAAAGGCAAUGGUAUCGAAUGCACAGCUGGACAAUGAAAAGACCAACCUCAUGUACCAGGUGGACACACUAAGGGAAAGUUUGCUGGAGCUGGAGGAACAAUUAGCAGAGACACACAGGAUGCAUGAAGAGAAGACUAAGGAAUUGGACAGACAGAAACAUGCUUACAGUAUCCUGCAGCAUCAGUACGAGACAAUGAAGGAGACUCUUAAAGAGAGGGAAGAGAUGUUAGCGGAGAUCAAAGAAUUGAACCAGAAGCUGACUUCCUACACUCAAGAGAUCUCUGACCUCCAGGAGACGGUGGAAUGGAAGGACAAGAAAAUUGGGGCGUUAGAAAGACAGAAGGAAUACUCUGAUGCCAUCAGGAUUGAUCGGGAUGAGCUCAGAGAGGAGGUUGCCAUGCUGAAGGAAAGACUGAAGGCCUGUGGGUUGUUGACAAAUGGUGAGGCUGAACCUAUGAGGAAGGAUGGCAAUACACACACGGAGGCUGCUGAGACAGGUCCACAAGCUGCAACCCAGCCACAGAGCUCCAGUGACAGACCUCUAGGAGAAGGCCACGCACUGCAAAUGAGGAAUGAGAUUUUGGAGACUGUUGAGCAAAGAGGAGUCUUGCAGAAUACUGGAAUUGAUGCACAAAUGGAGGAGACUGGGAAUCGGGAGAUGUUAAUGAAUAAUGUGCAAGAAAAGGACUUUAAUGAGGAGUGUGACAAACUGACUGAGGGUGAAGCAUCAGCAGUGACUGUAAGAGAUAAUGGAGAUGCUGACCAGAUAGAACAUGCUGCAGCUAAUCUUGAUGGAAAACAAAGUGCAUGUGACACGCAAAGCCUUGGAGGUAAAGAGGUAUCUGAGGAAAUAUGGCAUACCCUGGGAUCUGGAGGAGGAAUGCAAUGCUGUGGUAACAUGGAGGAGAAUGAGAGUGACCUUGGAGUGAAUGAGAAGCACAUGCAGGAAAUUGUAAUCCAGAAGCUUGAUCAUGAUGAGAGAAGCCAGAUUGAAGGAGGGGACCCAAGAUCACAUGGAGGGAUGAGGAAGGAAAAGUAUUCAGAAGUCAGGAAUGACAUAGAUGUAUUGUGUGAUGACAGUGAUGGGGCAGAAGCUGACAAUCAACUCAGUGUGGAGGAAACUCAAAAGGUUGCGGAACAAGUGCUGGAAAGUACGAUUGGAAUUCUGCAGCAGCACCUGUGCAGUUGUGAUUUACAGGAAGAAUCGAGAGACGAGGGAAAAGAGGUCACCCAAGAGGGAGUAGGUUCAAGUCAGGUGAGAGAGGAUAACUUGACUGGGAUGCAAGAGCAGGCUGCUGAAGUUGUCCAUGUCAGACUGAAGGAACUGGAUGGGAGUGAAGAGAUGGGAAAGGAGCAGGAGGCUGUGAGGGAGGUUGGGUUCCAUGCUACAACAAAGGAGAGUUGUUCAGGGAAUUUUAACAAUGACGUAGUCACAGUGAGUGGAGAAGCAGGGUGUGUGUUGGACAACGCACUUGGUCAGAGUGGAAAAUCUAGGUCUGGUGGCGCGGACGUGAAUCUUAUAACUGGCUCACUACAGGACGAAGUUAAAAAUGGAGAAGGAACAGAUUGGGAUGGAAAGGGACAGCUACUGGGCACAACCUUAGAACAGGUGGAGAAAGAAGAUGAGGAAAUUGCAGAAAAAACUGAAAUUGAAAAUCAUUCGCUAACACAGAUAUGCCAGCAGGAGGUGGAGGUAGAUGAAAAGGUCAGUUGUCAUCUGAAUAGGGGAAGCAGUCCAAUUGUAGCUGAUGAAGUAAAACAGCCUGCUGUACAUAACGAAUAUUGGAGAGGUGAACUGGCUGUGACAGGCAGGGCAGAAGGUAACUUACAGGAAGGAAAAGUGAAGCAUCUGGGAUUAGAGGAAGAACAACUCAUGGAUGAAGUCAACUCAGAUCCAGGUACAGAACAAGGUGAUAGAACCAGUCAGACAGUGCUCCAAGGAAAGUUAGAAGGUAAUUUGGAACUCAGUUGCCUUCGGGAAACGACACUGAUUGGAGAGGAAAAUAAAACAGUAGUUGAGAUUGAAAAUAGAGCCUUAGGUGAUGCCAAGAGUUAUGGAGGCGAUGAAGUCAAGUGGCAUGAAGAAGAUAAGGAAAAUGUCCGAAAUACUGGUGAAGCCAGGACUCUUAGAAGGAAUGAGGAUACGGCUCACAUUAAAAACCAGGAUGACGCAAGGGAAAUUGAACGCCUCGUUCCUGAUGAGGGCAAAGAUCAUACAGGGGAUAAAAAUGAGGGAAUUGAUCAGGGGAACGUCAGGGAGGUAAAAUGUCCCAGAAAUUAUGAGGAUGAGAUCGAAGGUUUCAAAUGCAUUGAGCUCAAACAUCAAGGAGAGAGAGGGAAUAAAGCUGAUGACAGUGCAGGUCAGACUGAGAUAGAAGACUGUGAAGAGGUGCUGCUAGUUCCUGGGGUGGUUAAUAGUGAGUUCAAGGGCAAGAGAGGUGAAGGUGAAGGUAAAGACCAAAGCCCACAUGCCAGCGAAUUCAUGGGAUCUGGUGAAGAGGAGAGUGAUGUCAAAGUUCCGAUUGAAGAAGAGGGUGAGGUCAAUGGUCCCCAGGAAUUGGGAAACAGUGAAACCAAAGGUCCCAUUGAGGAGGAUGAGGAUGAGGAUGGGGUUAAAGGUCCCCAAAAAGAGAAUGGCAAGGUCAAAAACCCCAGAGAGGAAGGUAAUGCCAAAUGGCUCAGAGAAGAGGAUGGUGAAGACAAACACGCUGAAGAGGGGGAUAAGGCCAAAGGUUUCAGAAAGGAAGAGGUGAAAAGUUCCCAAGAAAACAAGGAGGGUGAAACUGGAUGUGCCAAAGAGGAGGAGGAUAAUGUCCAAGACCCCAGAGAAGGUGAGUUCAGAGGUCCCCAAGAAGACGUGGAAGAUGGGGUCAAAGAUCCCAGAAAGGACAAGACCAAAAUCUCCAGUGAGGGGAUGAUAAAUGAGGUCAUAGAGCCCAAAGAGGAAGAGGAGGCCAUAGGUGCCAUAGAAGUGGUGGGAGAGGUCAGUGGCACAGAAGACGAGAAUGAGGUCCAGCGUGUACUGGAAUCUGAGAAGCUACUUUGCACCAACACUCAGGGAAUUGUGCAAGAAAUGGGGAAGGAGGUCAGCAUAGGUGAAGAGUCGAAAGAAGAAGUGUUUCCUGAUGUGAGAACAACAAAAAAAGGAAGAGAUAAAAUGGAGGAAAAAAUGGGAUUUGAAGAAAUUGAGUGUGAUUUAAGUGGGCUGGCAAGUGCUAUGGUACAAAAGAUUGACAAAGAGAACCAAAUACAAAACAUAAACAAGAGCCUUGAAGAAACUAACAAGGGCAAAUCAAAGAAUAAUACUGAGGAUGUUCAUGAAGUAACAGACAGCAAAAGCAACCAAGGAAUACCAACGAAAGAAGAGGCUACAACAACUAAAGAGACUACAGCUGAGGAAAAUCUGUCAGUGAGUACUGGGGAAGAGAUGAGACCAGUGGAAGAAUACGAAUUUGAGGGAGAUACUCAGCUGUCAGAAGGGGCAGUGACUGACCUUGUAGAAAACAAUGAAAUAGAAAGGCAUGAGUUGAAUGAAAAUUCAGAGGAAGUAGCACAAGGGAGUGUGAAACAAGAUUCUCUCAAGAAUGCAAUGGUUUCAGAAAAUGUUAUAAUCCAAGGUGAGGCCCAAAGCCCCAGUGCAAGUGAAUGCAUGGGAUAUGAUGAAGAGGACAGUGAGGUCAAAGAUCUAACUGAAAAUGAAGCUGAGGUCAAAGGUCUUCAGGAGUUGGAAAAAGAUGCAGCCAAAGAGGACAGGACAGAAAUGCAGGAUAGAAAGAGAGAAGACAUUGUAAAGGAGGAAAGGGGCAUGUCUGUGACCAGCAUCAAGCCACAAAACAAGACAUCAGGCUGUGGGACAACGAAAGGUGUAGCUGACAAUGUACCAGUCUCUCAGACUGACGUGGAGAAGAAGCAAGAUGAUGAGGAUGUCGGUAAUGAGGAAGGAGAUAGGUUUGAGUGGGAUGAAACAAUGAAUGAGAUAUUAGGAGAUGAAACUCAGGAUUGGAAGGAGGUGCUUGAGACUGAAGUGGAAAGGGGAGAAGUGGAUUCUGGAAGUGAGACAGGACCUAAGCCUAUUAUGAGUACAGAGCCCAAUGAGCAUAUAAAACCCACUGGAGACAACACCAGGGAGGGAGAACAAGGCAGGCAGGGGGAAGAGUUGGAAGGGCAGAGAAAUGAAUGCACGAUCAGCAAUGACCAACAAUUUGAUCAUAGUGAGGAGCUACCACAGGACAAGGGGCAGAGUGUUAAGUCUGGCAUGAGCAUGUGGGAAGACAACAUAGAGCAAGCAGACAAAGAAAUGGAACAAAACCCAGCAAUGGCUGAAGCAGGAAAGUAUGGUAAGAGAAAAAGCAAAAACAAAGAUGACUGUUUGAUAUCACGAAAACAAAUUAGUCAGUAUUUUAGGGCAAAAAAGUUCAUAGAUGAAAAAGAAGCCUUAUUAGAGCAGAUUAAAAAAUUAAAAGCACAACUGGAUGAGAGAACCAAGAAUGGAAAAGUGGAAAAGGCAGAGUCCGGUGACAUCAUUUUGGAAAAUGGGACAGAUGUACAAGUGAUUGAAAUGCAAAGAGAUGCUAACAGACAGAUCAGUGAAUACAAGUUUAAACUCACUAAAACCGAACAGGAAAUAACUGCGCUGGAACAAAAUAUUAUGCGACUUGAAAGCCAGGUAUUACGUUACAAGACAGCAGCAGAAAAUGCAGAAAAAGUAGAAGAUGAACUUAAAGCUGAGAAGCGCAAGCUCCAAAGAGAGGUCCGCUCUGCACAGGAUAAAAUCGAGGAGCUGGAAAUGAGCAACAGUCAUCUAACAAAGAGGCUGGAGAAGAUGAAAGCCAACCGGAGUGCUCUGUUAUCACAGCAGUAGAAGAUCCACUUCCAAGAGACCAACUCACGGGUCUGGCUGCCUUUUAUGGGAACUCACUUUUUUAAAGUUAUCAGUGAGACGCUUCCCUGUUACCACAUACACAUUGUUGAGGAGGGAAAAAACAGGAAAAAAAAUUGCACGUUUCUGACUCACGCAUUUUCUUUACAAGGCUUCCAAUUCAACACUUCCAACACAGACACAACAGGCCAUAUGGCCUGUGUACUAUCUCAUUUCUACAAUGUAUGAUUCCAUUAGCAAACAAUAGCUUUGCUUUACCAAAGGAUUUGGUUUCAAAUGUAUGAUUUGUGUGGUGGUUAAGUUUACAAACUGAAGAAAUUCAGGGAACAUAAGAUCACUAUCCACCCUGGCAGUUUGAGAAUUUGGAUUCCAUUUAAAAUAUUUUUAAAUAAAAGACCUGAUCCUAGUACAAGCGAUCAUGAAGCUGUGGGAUUGUUGUAGAAAUCCAACUGAUUGAGUCAGCUUAGACAAGGAAAAUUUGUUGAGCAGUUUAUACGUAACUCUAGUCCCAUAGUAAUGUGGUUCGAUGUUUCUCUAUCUCUUGAAAUAGCCUAGCAAUCCACUCAGAUGCCACCUCCUUCUCAGUGCAACUGGAAAGGGGAAAUAAAUGCUAGCCUUACCAGAAUCCAAAGACAUAAUUCAAAACAAAUGGACGUAUGAGCAUUACAUUGAAUAUCUUUGUUCGUCACUGCUGUUGUCACUAAAUAUUUAUUGGUAAGGAGUGAUAAAAAGUCAAUGAGGAGCAAACACACUCAGGGGUUGUGCUAACCACAGUGCACUCUCAAAACCCACAGUGUUUAUUUUUAUAUUAAUAUUUUAGCUUUACAUUGCCAAUGAUUCCUGUCUCAAGAUCACCAUAAAACACAGUUAAGAGGAAGAAGGUGCAGACAAAAAGGCACUUUGUCUUAAAGAAUAAUCAAAUCAGAUCUUGUAAAUGCAUGCCAGAAAGUGUGAGUGAGGAGGGAGAGGGUUGCUGGGUUAAAUUGACCACCUGAAUUCUGAAUACACCACAACAGUAUUAAAGCCCACUUUAAAUAAAAUCUCAGGGUAGGCAAUAGCCUACUGGCAUUAUUGCUUGACUAUUAAUCCAGAUAUCCAGGUAAUGUUCUGGGGACCUGGGUUCAAAUCUUUCCACAGCAUAUCGUGGAAUUUGAAUUCAAUAAUAAUCUGGAAAUAAGAGACUAAUGGUGACCAUGAAACCAUUGCCGAUUGUCAGGAAAAAAAAUCUGGUUCACUAAUGUCCUUUAGAGAAGGAAAUCUGCUAUCCUUACCUGGUGCAGCCUACAUGUGAUUCCAGACCCACAGCUACAUGGCUGAUUCUUAACUGCCCUCUGGGCAAUAAACACUGGCCUAGCUAGUGAUGCCCACAUCCCAUUAAUGAAUGAAAAAGUGCACUAAUUGAGUGUCAAAUUCAGAUGAUGCUGAUUUUUACUGAUUGUUUCUUUUUAAGUUCUGCCACAUUACUACUUGAAUUUUGUCGUGAAACAAAACGGUUAAUGGUUCUUACCUUUUAACUAGAUAAGCACAAAGUAGUGGGGAGAAGAGGAGGCAGUUGUAUUCAAGCUUUUGAUUACUUCUUUUGUAUGACUGUAACAGAAGUUGAGUUUCUGGUGUGAUAGGAAAAAGAAGGGAAUAUUGUGUUAAGGAAGAAUCAACUUUCAUUGUUGCAGUGAUGUUAGUAGUAUUUCAGCUAAGUUUAUCCAGUACUCAGUGACUUUCAAAGCAGAAUAUGGAGACAAUAUUGUGGGGUUUUACUGAAACUCAUCAGUGAACGAUGCAAACAAUACAGGGGGUAAUGAAGUUCAUCUUUGAGUUCUAGAGUGAUGAAUUUCUGUUCUUUUCCAAAAGAGCUUGGAGUUGAGUCUCUCUCCCUCUCCUCACACUUGACAAAUUGAAGGGCCAGCAGCAUUUUGUACAGGUGUUCUGCUGUGUUUAAAAAAAAUGCAAGCACUUCUUGCUUCAGCACAUUAUUGUAAUGUAUUUAUGCUCAAGGAACUAAAUUAUUUUGGAAGCAUUAAUUAAUGGGAAGUGCUUCAACAAGUGAAAAUUGUUUCUCCAUAAUGGAAAAAUGGCAACAACAAGAAGUAGUUAAAUCAGGAAAUCCAGAAGCCAGUCCAGGGAAAAAUAUAAGGAAAACUAUACAAACUGCAGCUUUUAAUUACUUUUCACAUGUUGUACAUGAGCGUGUUUUUUGUUCUCUAGGACAGAGUGUAGCUCAGGCAGCAAACUGGGCUUUUUAUCUUUUCUUGAACCUGUUGCAGUCUCAGCUUUAAGAGGAUGUGUUGAGAGUGUUCUGUUGGGGGAUUGAAACUAUUGGGGGAUCUGCUGUGAUGUGCUAAUCAGCAGUAACAAGACACCAAUGUAUUUAAGGUGACACUACAUUCUCAAGCUAAUAAAACGUUUUCGAGAUGGU